GUAUUCACAAAGAAUUUUAUCUUACCACUAAGAGUACUCCUAAAUCGCACUAAAAGAUUUUAGCUAGGAGUUUUCUCUUAAAAGUUAUUCACAACGCCUUUCAGACCUACUUUUAGUAAGGAAAAAUGAUUACUCCUAAAUUAAGAGUGAGUCUUCGUUGCUACGGAUGACGUCAAUUCUCAUGCACGAGCUUCCUCGCAAUGAGCACGGUGAUUGGUUGUUAAAUGACAGGGCUGUCAUGCGGAACAUAACACAGACGCAACAAAUCAUGGAAAUACAACAUUGAUAUAUGUCUGUGUUCUACAUAAAAGAAUAAUAGUAAAGUUAUCAAAAUGCAUAUAUAAUGUCAUGUUUGUGCAGGCCCCAGUGAAGUGUAAUUCUAAAAAGGCAGAGAGAGAGAGAAAAGUCGUGAAUGAAAUUAAAUGAAUUCAAGGUAAAACCGCAAAUUGCCUAAUAAUGAAAAGCGACAUUGCAUUAACACUUGCUUGGUUAAUUGACAUCCUAUUAGCCUAAAUAGACUACUUAAAGCAAGGCAAUGUUGACUAAUGUAGUCGUUGAAUGACGGUGGAUCAUGAGCUCGCCAAAACGUAAAAGAAAGCCCAAUUGGACGCAGGAUCAGUUACUGCUGCUGGCCCAGUUGGUGCUGGAAAAAAGACACAUAAUUAAAGGGAAAUUCGGCACUGGGAUAUCAAGCCAAACUAAGCGUGAGACAUGGGAGAGGAUUUGUUUGCAGAUCAAUGCAGCAUUCCCGCUUGUGUCGCGGACUCCGGACGACUGCGAGAGGCGCUGGUAUUCGCUACAAUCGCAGUCGAGGAUUGAGAUUGCAGCCUUUAAACGGGCAAGCAUGGCAACAGGAGGAGGACCAGCACCUAAGCCACUGAGCCACAUUGCAUCGGUGGUGUAUAGUGUCAUUGGGUCAGACACCAGCAUAACGGGCAUUGAGGGUACAACUGAUCCGGCAAUGCAGCUGCUAAUGGAAAUAGAGGGGCUAAAUGAAAACCCAGGUCCUUCAGAUGCAAGUCAUCUUCCUCUUCCUGCGCAUCUUCCACCCCUGACUCUUACUGCACCUCUUCCUCUUCCAGCACCUCUUCCUCUUCCAGCACCUCUUCCAGCACCUCUUCCUCUUCCAGCACCUCUUCCAGCACCUCUUCCUCUUCCAGCACCUCUUCCUCUUCUAGCACCUCUUCCUCUUCCAGCACCUCUUCCUCUUCUAGCACCUCUUACAGCACCUCUUGCUCUUCUAGCAUCCUCUUCCUCAAUCCCAUCACCUGCCUCUCCCCUCACGCCUGCUGCUGGUGCAAGCCCAUCACCCCUGGAAGAAAAGAAGAUGAAAAUGGAAAUGCGUGUGUUAAAAAGGCAGAAAAGGGUCCUUGAUGCAAAAGAGAGGCUAAUACAAUUAAAGUCUGAAUAUUACACUCUAAAGAUUGCAAAAAUGCAAAGGGAAUAAACACACUGAAAUUGAGCAAAAAUUUGUCUGU